AUGGAUGAAUUGACUGAAAAACCUUUAAUCUCUAUCUCUUACACAUACACACAUCUAUCUAUCUAUCUAUCUAUCUAUCUAUCUAUCUAUCUAUCUAUCUCUUUCUUUCUUUCUUUCUUUCUUUCUUUCACACUCUGUCAAUCUGUCUUUCACUCUCUACUUCUUUCUUUCUUUCACUCUUUGUCUGUCAAUCUUUAUUUCUUUUACUCUCUGCUUAUCUUCAUUUCUUUCAGACUCACUUCGUUUCUUUCACUAUCUAUCUUUCUUUCUCUCUUUCUUUCUUUCUUUCACUCUCAGUCUUUCUUUCUUUUUUUCUUUUAUUCUCUGCCUAUCUUUCAUUGUUUUUUCUUUCUUUCUUUCUUUCUUUCACUUUCUAGCUAUCUUUCUUUCUGUCUUUCACUCUCUGCCUAUCUUUCUUUCUUUCUUUCUUUCUUUCUUUCUUUCUUUCUUUCUUUCAAUCUCUAUUUAUCUGUCUUUCUUUCACCCUCUGCCCAUCUACCUUUCUUUCUUUUUUCACCCUUUGCCUAUAUAUCUUUCUUUCACCAUUUGCCUAACUUCUUUCAUUCUUUCUUUCACUCUCUGCCUAUCUUUCUUUCUUUCACUCUCUGCAUAUCUUUCUUUCAUUCUUUCUUUCACUCUCUGCUUAUCUUUUUUCUUUAA